CAUGUGCGCUUCUAGCUAAUACAUAUCGGGAAGUACACCGAAGACACGGCUUUUUCACUAGAUCCAAAUGUCCCUUUUUCUUGAAUUUACUUUGCAACAUUGCAGCUCUACCUUUUGGAAAAAAGUUCACUCGUUUUUAGCAAAUCGCAAAGCGGGCGAGGACCAUGGAUGCGAUGUUUCAUUAUACAUUACAUACAUGCCCGCCCGGUGCAUAGCUAAUGCCAGCCCUACCUUCAUGACUGCGCGCUGUGGCUCGGCAUCCUUAGCCCGGAAAUUCGUACAAAAGACGGUGAAGGCAAGGCCGAGGUGACUCUUUCCACGAUUCCUCAUAGUCCAUCCAGCCUAGGGAUAAAAGCUAGAAUAUUUAUACGAUGUCCAACUACGGAUACGACUACCUGCCCGCUGGAUCGACUCGUAAGAGCAGGAGGUGCUUCUGGGCUUUCGUCUUCGCCGGGUUUAGUUUACUUGCCUUCGUGAACAUCCUCGUUUUGAAGGCUUUAUACCGUCCACCGUAUAGUCUUCUCGACCGCUAUCAUCCAUCAAGAGGCCCUGAUGAGGCGCAUGGUCCAUACCAUAACGAUGUGAACGUAUUCGAUAUACCUACCCCAGAUGAACGUGCAGUCGUAACAACAGUCUUCACAGAGUCUUACGUGCCAGCCGUGCUAAACCUAGGACACUCCUUGAGCACUACCCAGGUCUCUGCUCGGCGCAUCAUACUCUACAUCCCCGAACGACUGUCGUCCCGGUCGAUUUGUCAAUUACAAGCAGUAGGUUGGGAGUUACACCCGAUUGAGCGCAUCGCACCACCGGAUAGUGGGCGUGGACUGUUUCAUCGCUUUGUUGACAACUACUCAAAACUCCACCUUUGGGCACUCGAUCAAAUCGGCAUCAAAAGCGUCGUUUUCCUCGACGCUGAUACUCUUGUCCGGAGUAAUUUUGACGAGUUAUGGUCUUUGCCGUUCGAAUUUGCUGCCGUUCCGGAUGUGUAUGGGGAUAAACGAGGUUUCACACUGAGCUUCAACGCUGGGGUGAUGUUCCUACGUACUUCAACUGCAGUCUUCAACGACUUGUUGACCAAGAUUGAUUCUGAGGACUAUCACCAUGGGGAAGCGGAACAAGGGCUUUUGAACUGGUAUUUUGCCGCACGCGUCGUGCUCCUUCCAUACAUCUACAACGCAAACCUUAUGAUCAAGCAACGCAGUCCGGAAUUAUGGCACGCGAUCGAAGACGAAAUACGCGUUGUGCAUUAUACAAUGUUGAAACCUUUCAUUGAAGAAGAGCGGCAUCAGGCUAUGGGCGGGAUUUGGAAACCAGAGAUGGAGUGGUGGGAGACUGCAUGGCUUGAUGCGUUCAGCAAGGACCUGCUUGGCAAAUGCUAGUCCCUUCUUUUAUCCCUUCAUAUGACUUUCCCCUUCAUAAAAGGAUUACCUGGCGCAGCAUGGAAGUGAGCGGGAAUACGAACGACCUCCUUGAAGGACUUGUUUACAGCCGCAUCGGAACGCCGAAGUCACCGUUUCAUCUACUUACGAAGAACCACUGGCUAUGAGGUAAUGUCCGUGAUCAUCGAUGCGCCUAUAGCUAAACGGAAUGGUCCAUUUAAUUCUCCGUUAAGAGG